AUGUUUACGGAUGCGACAAGAGUUCUUUUUCAAAUAAGCGCUCUCGAUAUACGGAAGACCUACUGGACAAUUCAUUUCGACGGAACCAUUGUUGAAGGGAACUACGUGUCUGGUAACGUCGGUGCGGCGAUUGACACAGGUCCUAGUUUUAUAUACGUUUCACAGACAUUGGCAGCCUUGAUCCACGCCAAUAUACUUAAGGCUGGCCCUGCAGCGGAUUGCUUCUUCUCCUUUCCGUGCGACUCUAACCCCCGAAUUUCAUUCUCACUUGGCGGGCACGACUUUGGACUCAACCUCCAGGACAUUAAGCUCAGACAAGAUGAGGAUGGGUCAGAGGACAUAUCUUUGCUUUUGGUACAAGAUAGUGGCGACGUGUUUGAGGCACUCCUCAAGAUGAUCAUACAAGUUGUGCAGGCAGACAGCGCAAGUGACAUGGAGACAAACGGUGGGACAUACGGGUGA